AUGACCGCCAGUGAUCUCAUGGCCAACCAGCUUGGUCUUGUCUACAAAUCGAUUCAGCGCAACGACGAUGACGCCAACAAAGACGACAAACGUUCCCCGGUUAUAUAUUGCAACUUCGACCGUUGGAACGAAAUCCCUGGGACCAAAGCUGGCGAAGUGUUCUGGAAGGACAAAUACAGCACUGAUGUUUUUAGAGACUCCCAGGUUAUCCAGAAAUGUAAAGAUGGAAGAGCAAAGGCCUUUCUGGUAGGAUGGAACUCGGUCCAAGGGGCUAGGCCCGAGUCACAGGACUUUAUCCAGCUCUGUCCCUGGUGGGUGGAGAAGUCACUCUCCGAUAAUUAUCGCCAACUGGAACAAAUCCCGGACAAGAAGAUCAAGCAAAUUCCCAUUGGCCCUCCAGAUAAUGGGCAACCAUGGAUGGACCUUAUAAUGGCGUUCGAAGUGACGCUGAUGCACGAGUUCUCUCAUUCCCAUGAUGGUGCCAUGACUACUGACAGGGGCGGAUAUGGGUGGAAAAACAUUAUUAUGACCAAGGAUAACCCACUUGCGCCACCAUACUCAAAUGCUGAUAACCUGGCGUAUUUCAACCUUGGAGUCAAUCUCAUCAUGAAGAAGGGUCAGGCCGUUACAAUCGAUGGAAAUCUGAAGCAGAUAUGUACGAAGGAGAACAAAUCCAGUAGUAAGUGCAGCACUCAGUAG